AUGGGGCAUGGAUGGGUCAUGAGUUGGGCUAUUUGGUGUCACGCGUGGAGUCGCAGUGUGCUUCCUUCCUCCAUCGCCCGCAUUUUCCUCGUUCACCUCGCCCUUCUCGAAACCGGCGCAGUUUUCUACUCCAAGAACUUGAGCUCCACAUACCUGCACUUUAACUUGAGCUCAGGCAUAUACACGGCCUUUUCCCAUCACCAGCAUGCUCUGGGACACCCACAUCUGCACUCUCUUCGCUCCACCACUCCGUUUCUCGAUCCGAUUGGUCGCCGCUGUCUGCGCGUAGCCGUGGAUGUGGGCAGUUCUCGCCCGACGGGCGAUCGCCCCGUGUCGCCACGUCAGCAUGGCAGUGAGAGUAAAUCCGACGCUUCUGCCAGGUCGGACGAGCCUGGUGGCAAUCGAACGGCUGAGGAGGGUUCGGGGUCCACGGGAUCUGAAUCUGAAGCAACGCGUGCCGAGGGUGUGCACGCUGCUGGGACGAACGGCAGCCGUCGAUCUGUGGCCGCAUCCAACGGAUCGAGCAAGCACGUCGCGAGCGAGGGACCGAUGGAAUCGUGGAUCGCUACUAACGAGGAUACGCAGCGCGUGGCGGGUUCCAGCGACUGGGUUUCUCCAGCGAAGCUGAAGGAGAAAAACCGCUCCAACGGACUCGGAACAGGCGUGACGGACCUAGCAGCGGGCUUCAUCGUCUGUGUGGGAGUGGCAGCCAUGGCCUUCAUGGGGUUCAAACGCCAGGCAGCUCGCCUCGCUCCAUCUGUGCAGCAUCAGCCUCCUGCCACCACCGUCGUCGUCAGUACUGCAGUCACUGCAGCUGUCGCCACCCCAGUUGCAACCCCAGCCGCCAAUCUUGCCACUGCUUCAGAUGCCAAGCCAGCAGAAGCGGCCAAGAUAUCGCAAGCCCCUGCUAACGUGGCGCAGUCAUCAUCCACUGAAUUGACUGGUGACGUGGACAGCGGUGUUGCUACAGGUGCAACCACCCUGGCUGCACCUGCUCCUGCUUCUCAUCUGCCAUCUGCUCAUUCUGUUUCUCCUGAGGCAGUAUCAGAUUCUGCAUCUAAGCCUUCUGACAAGCCAGCCCUUGGCCCAGAGGCUGAAACAUUCGGUGUAACCGACGCCAGUGCAGCGGCAGUAAAUUCUGUGCCUGCUGCAUUGAAACCAGCUGAAACGGCAGCACCUGAAGCAGCACCGGCUGAAGCAACAGCAGCACUAGCACCAGCAUCAGCACCAGGUUCAAGUGAAGCAGCAUCCGUUGAAGCUGCAAAAGAAGAAGUAGCUGCUGUAGCCCCUGCUCUGGGCGAUGCAGUACGUGCAUCAGCGCCAGUUGCGUCAAUCGCUGAUGCAUCUGCAUCUGUUGCGCCAGCGCUGUCGCCCGCCACUGACACCACUCCAGCAAAUGCUGCAAAGGAACCUCUCGUUCCUCUGCCUCUGCCUGUUCCUGUUCCCGUGCCGGUGCAUGUGACUGAGAGUGCAGUACAAAUGGUGGAAGCGGCAGAACAAGGAGGCAGUGGCAGCAACAGCGGCAGCGUCAGCAGCAGCAAGGAGGUACAGAAGGAAAGUGCGAGUGAAACUAAGGGUAAGUCGGUGGAUGUGAGGGAGACAGCUUUGGAAGAACCCGCUGCUGCCAGUGCCGUUUCUGCUGCCGAUGAUAAUUCUUUCGCUGCCAGUACUGGUGCAUCUGCAUCAGCUGCCGCUGAUGGUGGUGCCGCUGCUGCCGAUGCGAGCACUCAUACCCCUGUGCUUGCUCCACACUCAGCGCGUGAGUCUCCUGCCAAUGUGGACAGUCCCAGUUUAGAGGAGCAAGUAGAGUCCAUCGCGUUUGAUGUGGCCUCUGCUGUUGCAGCUGCUCCUGCUGACGUUGCAGCUGCGGCUGUUGACGCCGUUGCUGCAAUUGCAAAAGCCAGUGCUGCUGCCGCUACCGGCCCCACUCUGCCUCGCCUGACGAAGCACGACGAUUCUCAAGUUUUCAACACGAAAGAUGUCCUUCCCUCACACGCAUUUCAAAUGGCCUCUGAAUUUGCACCAGAUUCUGCCCAUGCUUCUGCCAUGCACGUUGCUGCGGCAGAUAUGCCUUCUAUGGCGGCUGAAUCUGCAGAGGCAGAGGCUGCCAAGCCGGGUGAGUCCGCUCCCUUGCUGCUCGCGAGCACAGCAGCUCCAGCAGCAACGGUGGCUCCCGCAGCAGCAGGGGAAGCAGCAGCGGUUGAGGCAGCCGUGGAGGGAGCAACCUCUGGUGAAGCAGCAGCAGCGACAGGAGCACUGGCGGAAGUGCAAGCUGCAACGCCAGCAGCAGUGGCGGCAGCGCCUGCAGAAGCGCCAGCAGCAGUGCCAGCGUCAGCAGUACCAGCUGUGGUAGCGGAGAUGGAAGAGGCGGAGGCGGUGGAGAAGCUGUCGCCUUUUGUAGACGCUGUGGAGCAAUUCGAGGCGGCUGAGGAGGAGGGGGGACUCGAGGCACCAGUGGUGGCAGGAGCAGUUGCUCCAGAUACGAGCGUGGCGGGAGCAGCAGCACCAGCGGCAGCAGCAGCAGAUGGUGGUAUUGAAACUGUGCCAGGAGCUUCACUGGUGCGUGCCGCUUCUGCUGAAGGGAAGGGGGAGGAGAGAGAGAAGGAGGUUUCUUCAAGGCAAGAAGGAGGAGGCAGUGGUGGAGGAGCAGUGAGUGCGGUGAUGGGCGGUGUGAAGGAGUGGUGGGAGAGGGUGGCAGCAAGCGCGUUUGUGCCUGCGCCUGUGAGCGCCGUCUCGUCUAAGCUAGCUGGUGUGGCGAAGAGUGUGGGCGGAACCGGUGCGGCUCAGAACAACCAGCAGUGGAAGCAGCAUGAGGAGGAGGUGCAGGUGCAGCAGCAGGGGAGAGCGGCGGGGCAGAGGGUGGUGGUGAGAGCAGCAGCGGACGCGGGGCAGCAGCAGGCCGUGCAGGACCUACAGUUGCUGGGGGUGAUUGAAGGCCACGUGGACGCGUCCAGCAUCUGCAGUCGAAGGGAGUUCGCCCGAUGGCUCGUGCAUGCCUCCAACGCUCUUGCCAGUGACCCAGCGCACAGGGUGCAGCCAGCCAUGUACAUAGACAGCCUGUCCACGCCUGCCUUUGAUGAUGUGGGGCCUCAGGACCCGGACUACUCCGCCAUUCAAGGUCUAGCUGAGGCGGGUCUUAUCUCCAGCAAGCUAUCAUUCACGGACCUUGGCUGUCCCCGCGCUGCCACCACCGCCACCACCACCACCACCUCUGCAUCUGCACCUUCAUCUGCUGCUCAGUCGUCCGACUCUUCUCAGUCUGCUGGCGCUGCUGGCUCUGCUGCGUUCCGUGCCCGUCCAGGGUGCAACAGUGGCAGCGGUGCUCUCUUCCACCCGGACAGUCCGUUGACGCGGCAGGACCUGGUGUCAUGGAAGGCAGCUCUGGACUCGGUUGUGCAGCCGCACGAUGUUACCAUGCUCGCCCAACUGUCUUCUCAGCCCCCGCCAUUCAUUGACAUGGAUAGAAUCGACCCUGACGCCCUCCCAUCCGUGCUGCUAGACGCAGCAAAGCGAGAUACCAGCAUCAAGAGCAACACCAGCAGCAACAGCACCACGAGCAGCAGCAGCAGUGGUGGCGGAGGCAUAGUGACGACAGCGUUCGGCUUCACACGCCGGUUCGACCCACAGAAGCCCGUGACUCGCGGCCAGGCUGCCAUCGCACUGGCUGCUGCAGGCGAGGGGCGGGAGCUCGUGCGAGAGGCGGUGGGGAGAGCGAGAGCAGAGCGAGCGGCUGCUGCUGCGCUGGAAGCAGCACAGGCGGAGGCGGAGAGGAGGCUGAGAGAGGCUGUGCGGGAGAUGGUGGAGAGGGAUGAGGUGGUGGGGGAGGACAGGCGGGUGAGGAAGGCGAUGGAGGAGGCGGGAGAGGUGCUGCGGGCGACUGCAGAGAGGGUUGAGGGGGAGUUGGAGCAGGAGAAGGCGUCCAUCCGUCAGUUGAAGACCUCACUGAAGGAGCAGCAGCAGCAGGCAGAAAGGGAGAGGCAGGAGCAGCAGCAGGCAGCAGCAUCGGUUCAGGAGCGGGUGCAGAACGAGAUGCAGGCAGUGCGGCAGCAGUGGGAGGAGGUGCAGCGAAUGCUGGGACAGGCAGAGGAGGCAGCAGAGCGAGCGAGGGAGAGGGAGAGGGAGGUGCAGGGCGAGAAGGAGGCUCUACAGAAGGCCAGGGUUGAGGCGGAGGCAGAGCUGCAAGUGGUGAGGGCAGCAAGUGAGAGAGUGCAACAGGCGUGGCGAGAGCUGGCAGAGAGGGAGAGGGAGGUGCAGAGGCGCGAGGAGCAGGAGAGGGAGAAGCAACAGCUUCUACAGAUGGAGAUGAGAGAUGAACAGCAGCAGCAAGAGGAGGGGAAAGAGGGCCGGAAAGUGACUCCAGAAGGAGCAGGGGCAGCAGGAUUUGCCAACACUGCAGAUGAUGCUGAUGCCAAUUCGAGCUCUGCUGAUUCCCCCAGUGGCCUUUCCUCUUUCAUCAACCGCCUCAUCUCCCUCUCGCCCUUCUCCCGCGCGCACCCCCAGCUUGACCCCACUCCUGCCUCUGUUGCCGCUCCUGUGGCUGUGGACCCAAGCGAGUGGGGCGUGAAGGUUGCAGCAGAGGCAGCACACGGCACCACAGCCCCUGCUGCUGCUGCUGCUGCUAGUUCGGCCACUGGCGAUGCAACAACAGCAGCCAAGGGUACCCGUGAGAGGGCUGCUGAUGGUGAUGGUAGCGCUUUUGAGAACUCGGAUGAGGGGGAGACUGCGGGGAUGGCAGCAUGGGGAGGCUUGGGGGAGAAGGGUUUGGAUCCACAGGUGUGGAAGGCUCGUGCUUCGGAGCUGGUUCAGCCAGUGGGGAAGCGAGUGCGUGAGGCUGUGAGGGCUGCUGAGAAGGGAUGGGAGGCGAUGGGGGAGAGGGUGGAGGGGAUUAAGAGGGAAGUGGGUGUUGCUGGUAUGCAGUUGGAGGUUGGUAGGGCUGUGGGAGAGGCGGCGGCUAGAGGGAGGGGGGGUGUGGAGGAGGGGAGGAGGGCGGUUGAGCAAGGGGCGAAAGCCGUGGGAGUUGCAGGGGUGGUGGUGAGGGAACGGGUGGGGGAGAUGGUGGAGAAAGGUGGGAAGAGAUUGAGUGAGGUGGUGCAGAGUGGGGGGAAGAAAGUGGACGAGGUGGUUGAGGUGGGAGGGAAGACGAUGGGGGAGAUUAAGGGGAAGGUUGGAAAUGCUGUGAUGGAAAUGAAGGGUGUAAUGGAGGAGGCAUGGAGCAAGAUAGCAGAUGGUGGGGGGGAGGGUGAUGCCAGGGGAAAGAGUGGGAGUGCGAGUUAG